CAAUCAUAAAAAAUAAAAUACUAUUAUAAAAAAUAAAUAAGGUGAAAAGUGCAGCAAAGAUGUUUCCUUUGAAGCUGCUGACAAAUUCCAAUUGUAGACACCCAAAAAGCAGUACCGAUUGAGAAAAACUUUAUCGCAACACUGUUUUUGUCGAGUGGGAAAAGUUUGUUUCGCCGAUUGACAUUUUUCUUUUUGGGAGUUUUGUUCGAAACUAUAAAAUUCUAGUUAUUCGAGUGAAGUUUUUGAAGCAACUAUAAUAUAUGCUGAAAAUAAAAAUAUAUAAACCAACAAAAAAGUAGUGAGUUAAAAAAAGUCACUUUUACCCACGGAAAAUUUGAUGCAGAAAAUAUUGAAUGAAAGAUUAAUAACAAAGCGACGCCACCGCAAAGGCAACGCAGUAGUGGGAAAUUGAAGGAAAACAAAAAAACAUACGAAUACAUUUUCCAAUUGCCCAUUUCCAAAAACGGACGGACAGACGAACGGACGAAUAGUGACGCUUUUGCACGGCGCAGGUUCGAUUUGUAUUUAAAACGAUUGUGGUGUGGUUGUGGGUGCAGGAAGCAAGUGUGGCCAAGGUGAAGGGAAUCCGAAAAAAUACGCACAUAUAACAUAGGAAAAUUGAACUGCCAGUUGUGUUGCACAAGACGAAUCAACAAAUAAAACACAGGAGCAAAACAAAGCAAGUGGAAAGUAAGAGCAUCGACUGCAGCAUCAGCCACUAACGUCAUAGCAUUAGCAACCAACAAACAACGCAGCUAGCAAAAAUCGAAAGUCAUAACCAUGAGCUCGAUAUCAAAUGUGGAAAAUCUGUCGCCACAGACAAUACGUCAAGUAAUGAAGGAAAUGCAGCAAAUAAGUGAAACUCCGUUGGAAGGAAUAAAAAUACAAAUAAAUGACGCUGAUGUAACUGACAUUCAGGCGCUUAUCGAGGGUCCAGCUGGUACCCCUUAUGCUGGCGGAGUUUUUCGUGUCAAGCUAACACUCGGAAAAGAUUUUCCACAAUCACCGCCCAAAGCCUUUUUCCUUACAAAAAUCUUCCAUCCGAAUGUGGCGGCCAAUGGUGAGAUUUGCGUGAACACGUUAAAAAAGGAUUGGAAACCUGAUUUAGGUAUUAAACAUAUAUUGCUCACCAUAAAAUGCCUUCUUAUUGUACCAAAUGCGGAAUCUGCGCUAAACGAAGAAGCUGGUAAACUCCUACUUGAACGUUACGAUGAUUACUCUCAGCGCGCUAAGAUGAUGACGGAGAUUCAUGCGCAGCCUGCUAAGGGUGCGGCUAGUGGUGAUUCGAAAGACGACGAUGGUCCCUCAUCUAAAAGGCAUGCAGUCGACAAAAAACUGCAAGACAAGAAAAAAGAGAAACUCAUCAAAGAAAAGAAGCGCAUGUUAAAGCGGUUAUGAGGCGGUGGGUUUAAAUGGAAUGAGCCUUUUCUGAAGGCUGUAACACUUCAAGUCACCUUCGCGUUCAAUUCUUAAAGAAAUAUAAAAGCAAACCAAGCCAAAACUUCAAGAAAACAUUCAGUGGCAAGUGCAAGUGUAGCAGCAAAUAUAAUUAUUACUACAGUAAAAACAAACAUGUAUUAAAAUAAUAACAAUUGCUAGAAAGAAAGAGUAUUAAAGCAAGCAGUGUAUAUUUGAGUACCAACAAAAGCACUAUGAAUAAACACUACCAAUAAUAACAACAAGAAAAUCCCUCCACACAUAAUAUAAUAAAUAACCUCUGAAAAACUAUAAUAUCUAAUGAAAACCGCAUAAAAGCUGGUAAAAAUGCUACAAAUUUCAUCUUCAGCUUUAAUGGCAAUUUCAAUGAUUUCAUUUGUUCACAAAUUGAUUGGAUUGCCAAUAUGAAUUUGCCUAUGGAAUUUGCGCUUUAUUACACGAAUUAACCUGGACUCGAUACCGUAGACAUCACAGAGAAUUUUCCUUAUUUAAGUCAUUGUCGAAAUGUGUAUAUGAGCAAUCUUUCUGAGUUUUCCCUCACUAAAUUAGUCAAGAUAGCGUAAUUGUUAUGAUGAAAAGAAACAUAAAUAUGUAAUACUAAGAUUUACUUUAGCAUUAAUUUACCUUUACUUAAUGUAUUGUUCUUAAUUGCAUACCUAUAAACUAAAAAAAGAAACAAAACCAAAAUUAACUUUAUACUUUAGUGCACUAUGGUAUAUGCACAAUUCUAUGCAUACACACGAGUACAUACAUAUACGAGUAUAUUACACCUCAAUUCAAUAGUAAUAUGAUUUCAAUUGAAUUACAUAAGACCGAAACCCUCAUAACUGUGCAUGCGUACAUAAGUGUAUGCAUGUGGGUAUAAAAAAAGAAAUAAAAUAUUAAACAAAAUAUGCAUACACUUAUGUGCCUGCGUAUGUUUUUUGCAGCACAUUAGCGUACUUCAUUAUUAUAUUGAAUUUUUUUAUACAUAUAACUCGUACUCACCACAAAUCGCCAUCAAAAACACCCACAUAUUUACGGAAAGCAUUCGUUGUUUAUAAUCAUACACACAUACAUACUAUUUACUACUUACAAUACAUUUGAAGAAAUACAUACAAAAGCAAAGAAUCACCGACCGAACACCUUCCCGUGUACCAUUUUUAGCGUGUAGUAGUCUGAAAUAAAAAAGCAAUUGUAAAAAAUGAAAAA